AUGUUAUGCCUUGUAUAUAUGUAUUGCUUAUUGAAAAGAUUUUAUUUAUAGAGUUUUUAAAUGAUUUAUUAAGAGAAUUCAUAUUUAUAAAGUGUAGGGAUUAUCAAAACUACUUGCUGCAUUUUAUCAAUUGCUUCUAAAGCUUGAUGUGGUGUUUUUACUUCAAGUUUGUCCAAAAUUGCUUCAAGAUGGGCUGACUCCAAAGAAUUUCUCUCAUAUUUCUGAUCUUCAUCAGUGCUAAGCCUAAAAUCAGAUUCUUCUACAUCUAUUUACUUUUUAAAAGAUGGCGAGUCGAGUAAGGUCUAGGGUGACGGGUAAGUUGAUCCCAGUCCCAGAUAUAUAGAUCCCAUAUUUUUAGGCAGAAUUUUGCCGGGUCGAUACUCGACGACAGGCUAUUUUCCUUGACCCACAGAUAACAACCGAAUGUGCAGAGCCGGCUCAUACUUCUGGAAAUCAAUUAUAUGCCUAGUGAAGGCGUAGUAGUCCAGAAGGAUGCAUUAGGUGUUUUUCUUAUGUCCUAACUCCCCCCCCCCCUCCGUGAGCGAACAAAAAAAUUUUGUUCACUCACGGAGGGGGGUUUAUUUUUUUUUUUUUAAAAAAAAUUUAUAUAUAAAUUUUAUAAAAAAUAUUUUUUUUCGAAAUUUAAAAAAAAUCCUAAUUUGCAAAAAUUGGGAAGCAAAUAUUAAUUUAAUUUGCAAAAUUUAUGUUUUAAAACGCAAUUUGUUUAAAAUUAAACAGAAUUAGCUCUAGAUUUCAUUAUACUAAUUAUCACUUAUAUAUAUCAAAAUUUUUUUCCAUUAAAAUUUUUUCUAUUAAAAAAAUUUUUGUUCGCUCACGGAGGGUGGGUUUUUUGGUCAAAAAAUGGUGAUUUUUCUAAUGGUUUUGUUCGCUCACGGAGGGGGGGGGGGGGGAGUAAGCAUUAUCAGUGCUAAGAGAGUCCUUUUUCAGGGCUAGACCCAAAUACAGUCAGGUGAGUCUAACAGAAAGACAGUUGACGUUACCAUUUUUUGGUGACCCCGACAGAAAAAGGAUGUGGCGUAAGCUGGCCCCUACGAUCAUCUUGAGCCUGAAACCGGGCGAGUAGCUGAAGAUUCUCCAUAAUUUAACUUAAUUUGCAUCGAUUUUCGAAUGCUCAUACAGUAAAAUAAUCGACAUAAUUUUCAAAUCAUUUUCCACUUCUGGGUCAUAUUCUUUCUGCAUUACUUGUUUAAAUAUUUCUUUGGGCCUAUCUUUCAAUCCCGAUUUCAUAACCUCAAGAAUAUUCUCAAAUUCAUUAAAUCUUGCUAAUUUUCCGUUUAAUUCUUUAAUUAUAUCAUUUUUUCCUUUUAAUUUUCCAAUAAUUUCAUGAUAA